ACGACAGGAGCAGCACCGUCGUUGCCAUUCAAAGCAACAGCGAAGGGCUCAAAGGGCCGCAUUGUGGCUGUGAUUGGUGCCGUUGUGGAUGUGCAGUUUGACGAAGGAUUGCCGCCGAUUCUCAAUGGGCUUGAAGUGUCCGGGCGGAAGCCACGUCUUAUCCUCGAAGUAUCGCAACAUCUUGGUAAUUUUUGCUUUUCUUUGGUAUGCACGGUCCCUUACUUUACAAGGUAUGCUUCAGUCUACCUACGGCUGCAAAUUACCACUUUACAACUCCGUCCUCCCAGUCGAUUCUGCUCAGAACGACCAAUUUUUUCUGAGCAUCUAUGGCCCUUGCUUCUUAUUCGCUUCCAAGGUGUAAAA